AGUCCUCGUGGACAGUUCCAUGAAAAAUAAAAUUAAUUUCUGGCCGUUCAAGAGUGUGCGCCUGUACUGUUCGGCUGAGACUGAGAGAUACCGGGAGAGAGGAGGGCUGGGAAUCUCUGAGGAGGAGGUGAGGGAGAGGGAGAGGGAGAGGGACAGGGAGAGAAGAGAAGCAGUAAGAGUUGAAAGAGGAAGAAAGAAAGAGAAUAUAACAAAAGGAAAGAGAGAGGAAGAAAGAAAAUGGCGGCGAAAUUGAGCAGCGCUGCGGCCCGGAUUCUGGGAGGGAAUGGGUUGUUGUUGAGAGGGCGUUCCUCUCUCCGCCACCGUUCCGGCAUGGGCCUCCCUGUUGGAAAACACAUAGUUCCUGACAAGCCUCUUCCGGUGAAUGAUGAGCUGAUCUGGGACAAUGGGACUGCUUAUCCAGAGCCCUGCUUGGAUAAGUUGGCUACAACGGUUGGGGAGUAUGAGGCCUUAGCUUGGCUAUGUGGAGGUUUGGGGUUUUUUGCAUCUCUCGGACUCUUAGCUGUAUGGAAUGACAAAGCAUCAAAAAUUCCAUUUACACCAAAAGUCUACCCAUAUGACAACCUCCGUGUGGAGCUCGGUGGUGAACCCUAGAAGUUCGUUGCGGGCCUGUGGUGUUGUUGUUCUAAGAACAAGCUACUGGUUGUGUAUCUUUAGUAGCAAUAAUGCUUGCAGCUGCUGUUUUUAUGUCUUUCUCAAUAUUUUCAUGAAUGCGAUUGACAGAUUAUUUGACACUCUCUCUCUAUCAACCGGUUGUGAAUCUUUGGUACCAAUACUGCUUUGUAGCUGCUGUUUUUCUGUUCAUGAAUGCGAUUGAAAGACUAUUUGACAAUCGCUCUCUCUCUGUCCCUGCCUGCUUUUGUGUGUGUGUGUGUGGUGAACAUAAGGUUAAGGGUUGCAUAUGUUGCCA